AUGAGCUCGCCGCAGAAGAAGACCGCCGCCGCAACAGAGGGUAACCUCUAUGUUGCUCAGUACCAUGAGCGCCAGCAGACAAAGCGCGAUGCGCUCGCUGCAAAGGCCGCGUCGGGGACAACCCAGUCGGAGAUUGUCCUCGAAGGUUCCGCUUUAGUCAACGACGCCGUUGACUACGAGAGUGAUGACGUAGAGAUGGAAGAGGGCGAGGCCUCUUCCAACAAGCGCAAGGAGUCUAUCGACAGUGAUAGUCUCGACCCGCAUGCCGGGUCGAGACGCCCUCGUGAAGGAGACGAUUCGGACGCUUCAAGCUCGAAGCGUUCGCGCGGCGAGAGCGAAACUCCGCUCUCCGCUGCUGGGGGCAAUAAGCUCCCCGCCGGGAUCCACGAUGAUGCUGUGGCGGAGGAGCAGCACCUUGAUCCGUUAACGAAUCAAAGGCGCGAUUACUAUAUCGGACUCUUUCACGAGCUCCGAUACUUCUCCAGCAAGAAGACCUCUUCUCGCAGCAAAGUGCCUGAGUGGCAGGCACUUUGUCAAAGUUGGAAUGCUUUUGUUGAGAACUUCAACAAGAAGCCGGCUGCUUACCGUGAGCGGGUUAAGCAUGCCCGUGAGCGCUUCGAGACAUUCUCGACGCGAGGGAGGCUGGAGCAGCUCCACAGAUCCUCUGUGGACGCUGGUAUUCCAUACGCUGUGCCCGAAGGCCAUCAGUUCACGAUGUGUCUUCCGGGUGCGGUGCGCUUGAGCGACCGCGACCUAAACGGGUAUACGACGAUUCGUGUACCUGAGAGUCUCAAGGAUCUCCGUGCCAAGUUCUUGGCACGCGAGGAACGCGACGAUCGUGGGACCUCGGGCGCUGUAGGUGACCACAGCGCUCGCACUACCUUCGCGUCGGCAGUGCGUGGUGAGCUUCGUAUGCCCACACCAUUUCCGGAACGUCCUGCAGCAGGACGUCCCAUGGCUCCCAUGUAUCUUGGUGGGGCGGAAACCCUCUCCAGCGAAUACGAUAACGAACCGGCUGCCGGUUCGUUUUCGGGAUACUAUGGUUCACAAUACGCUCAACAAUUCAGCGUGUUGGGCCGCAGGCGUCGCGGAUCGGAGGCGGCGGUGGUGGGAACACGCCCCGGGUAUGGUCAACCAGGGGUUGACCUUGGCCCGACGCUCGAGGAGCGGGUCGCUGCUGUGGAACAGCAUCAGAGCCGGGAGUUCGCCGCUCUGAUGCAGGAGGUGGCGAUCCUGAGGGCUCAAGUCGCUCAGGCCUCGCAGACCGCGUCGGACAUCUCUGUCGAUGUGGGAGGUCGCGUCGCACGCUUGGCCCAGCGCGUUUACGCGCUGGAGCAGAGGUUCGCUCCCGCUGGGGCUUCCGCUUCGGGCCAGCCGAGCUAG